GAGCAGCCUCUUCCAGGACACAGCUGGUUCCUCUCUGUUCCUGACUCCACCUUACUCUGUGAACAGCAACUACAGCAACCCCAACCCUUCUUACUGGCAAGCCAUGGUGAACACUUACACGCUACAGCAAUACCACAUCAACGCACAUCUGGCUCAACAGCAGCAGCAGCAGCAACAGCUGUACUACCAGGCCCUGUCCCAGGAGCUGGGGACCACGCCUCUCUCUGCGUCCUACUUCAACUCCGGCACCGGAUUGUCGCAGGCUGGCUGGGGGGAGAGGGAGCCGGAGGAGAUGGAGAGAGACCGAGGCAAAUCUGACAACGGGGCCAACGACAUGAACUGGAGUAGCGGCAGCGAGGCCGACCGGAACAGAGAUGGACUGAGGAGCGGACACAGAGAGCACCACCACUACAAGAAGCACAAGUCCAAGAAAAAGAAGCACUGAAAUCUGGCAUUUCCUUUACCCCCUUUCCCCUUCCUCUCUUCCCUCCUCUCUCCUGCUCCCUCCUCCCUCCAGGGCAAGGCUGAGGAAGGGCGAUUUACAAAUGUAAGCGAGUGAGUGAUGGAUAGAUGCUGUUUCAUCCGAUGUCCCGAGUUUGAACUGUGCGAUUGGAGAUGAUCAGCUGCUGAGUUGUUGCAAAGUUUAUCCCUCCCUCCCUCCCUCCCUCCGCACCUGCACUAGAUAACCUAACCAAGGCUUGUGUGUACAUUGGUUGGCAGGUUGGUGAGCAAUUCCAUGUUACGUCACCUGCAGGUAAUAACUGCGUUUACACUGGGCAAAAAAAUAUGGUGUAAAAAAAAUUAAAACAGAAACAUGCAGAGA